AUGAUUCCAGCCUGGAGCUAUUUCUUGAACAUUUUCACCAUUGUUAACUUCACCAAUGAGCUGUGUUACUCAGAGGAGGGUAUGGUGGGAGUUUGUUACCAUUCCUCAGAAUGUCAUAGUUUGGGAGGGCAGCCCCACGGUUCAUGUGCCCAAGGCUUCGGUGUCUGCUGCUUUGUGGUAAGGACAUGUGGGGAAAGCUCAGUAGUCAACAACACUUACAUCACUUCCGCUGCGGUCUCCCAAGACAUGGACUCUGGAGUAUAUAUCUGCUCCAUCACCAUCUACAAGUCUCACCCCAGCGUCGUUCAAUUCAGACUCUCAUUCGACAACUUUCAGCUUGCAGGACCUGUGGAAGGGAACUGUGUUGUGGACAGGUUUGUAGUGACUGGGCAGAAUAGAAAUGACAUAAUUCCUGCGAUCUGUGGCUUUAACUCUGGCAAACAUGUGUACGUUGAUGUGGAUGAGACGGAAGGCCCAGUCUCACUAACACUGUUGUCGUCCGGAGCCCAAGGAGUUCCCCGUGACCUAAGGGUCAGGGUGACCCAAAUGACCCUUGGCCAUCCCCUACUAGCCCCUCGCAACUGUCUUCAGUACUACACAGAACCUAGAGGCAGCGUAGAGUCCUUCAACUAUGAUCCAGCCCCUACAGGCUCAUCCUCUGGAUAUUUUAACAAUCUUGAUUAUGCAAUAUGCUUCAAGAAAUCACCAGAUGGACAGUGUGGGAUUGUGUAUUCCAACGCAGCUGGCGGAAUGGAAUACCCAUUUCAAAUUGUUAACCGUGAAAGUGACGGAACAUCCACUGUACCUGAGGGACAGGCAGGAGCUGAAAGUUUUGACUGUCCUGAUGACUAUAUCUCAACAUCCACUAUCAAACUUUGUGGCUACAAACUCAAUGAUGGUUCUACUACCAUUGACUACUCUAAAAACUCUCCUGUUGAAGACAAAACCAACGGACCACUGAUCUUGCGGUUUCAUACAAAUGAGAAUGUGACAGGACAUGGGUUUCGUUUAGACUACAUGUUGACUUGCUAUUCUGGUGCAGGCAGCGUAACAUCUCCAUCAAUCCCAGCUCUCCCCGAAGCUGUCACCCGCAUCCCUUUGCCAGUUUGA